CAGAGCGCAUGCGCGUCUGGGUGAAAGAAAAUAUCUAUUGAGUGAAGUGGGUUGUGGUGCUGUAGACAGCUGAGCAGACGGAUCAGUCCGGAGCCGUAUGCUGUUUGAAAAUGUUGGUCGCCGUGUAACCGCCCGGCUCACAGGUUGACAGGUUUCUGCGAGUGUGAGUGGGACCAGGAAACGCGCUGACAAUGGCCGUGCCGUCACAGAAACUCCAGCGGCAGCACUGCUACUUGUGCGACCUGCCGAGAAUGCCUUGGGCGAUGCUGUGGGACUUCUCCGAGGCCGUGUGCCGCGGCUGCUGCAACUACGAGGGAGCCGACCGUAUCGAGCUGGUCAUUGAGACGGCUCGGCAGAUGAAGCGGGCUCACGGGUUUCAAGAGCGCGGCUCGGCCACUCCGGGACCGAUCAUUAUGAAGCAGUCUCCGGGCCCUCCCCCUCCGGGCGCCGUUCUCCAGCGUCCGCCGCACGACGGAAUCCCGCCCGGGGGGAACUCUGGGGAGGGACGCCCGCCGCCGCUGGUUGAUCGAUACCCCAUCCACGAAAGACCGCGGGGAUCCAUGCUCGAUUACCCGCCGUCACAGAGACCACUGACAGGGAUGCCGGGUCCCUUCGCGCCGCUGGACGAGUCGACCGACCCGCGCGCCCGGGCCAGCCCGAGAAGGGGCCCGCCCCUGGCCCAGCACGUCCCGCCCAUGCCGCCACAUUCCGUCGGUAUCGCACCGCCAAUGAACCGCGGCCCGCUGCCUCCCCAGCCGCCGAUACCGCAGCCCUCGCCGCCCACGGGCAAGUCGCGUCACCAAAACAACAAGACUGCCAACAACUCAACAGGUGACAAGAACGACAAGGAGGACACGGCGAGUGACAGCUCGUCCACUGACCUCGCCACAGACACCGAGGUGUCAAGGAACGGAGACGACUUUCACCAGAGACCUCCCCUGGUGCGCGAGACACUGGCGACCUUGUCACAGAGCACGCCAUUCGAGGUACGUUUCAAGAAAGACCACAGCCUAAUGGGCAGGGUAUUUGCAUUUGACGCGAGUUCAAAGCCAGGCUUUGACUACGAGCUGAAAAUUUACAUAGAGUAUCCCAGCGGGUCUGGGAACGUGUACUCCAGCGCUUCAGGUGUUGCCAAGCAGAUGUAUCACGACUGCAUGAAGGACUUUGGCAAGGGUCUGUCAUCUGGUUUCAAGUACCUGGAGUACGAGAAGAAGCACGGAUCAGGCGACUGGCGUCUUCUUGGGGACCUCCUUCCAGAGGCAUCACGCUUCUUCAAGGAGCCAGUCAACCCUGAGAUGAUCCCCCAGCCGUACAUCGACGCCAGCUGCCCCAUCCUUCCCAUCGCAUCCUGCAACAUCCCUCGUUCCCUGCCAAAGAUGAGGAAGAGGAAAGCAUCUCCCGACCCAGACUUAGAGAGGGAUGCAAAAAUCAGCGACGAGCAGCACCAAAGGCAGCAGUGGAUGCAGAGCCAGGCCGAGGCGCUGAAGCUCACCAUAAGUUCCACCGGGUACGGCCAACCAACGCGCCCUUCUGCAGUGUCGCCCCUGACGAACAUGGGCACACCUCCUGAUGCAGCCAGCAUGCAGAACGGUCCAUCUCCCAUGGCUGCCCUGAUGUCUGUGACAGACAAUCUAGUGACGCCCAUCUCUCCUGUGAAAGAUACGUCCUCGUCGGCCCCUUCCGGGACGACAGUCACGAGUACGAAUUCACGACGCAGCCCAAACUCAGCCCCAGGGCAGCACAUGCGCAGGGCACCACGGAGCAGUGAGAUGCACCAGGUUGUCACCAGAGAUCAGGAGAGCAACGCGAACUCUCAUCCUCUCCCCGACUCCUCCGUCAACUCCACUAACUCCUCCCUCACCUGCACCCUUUGUCACGAGAGACUCGAAGACACCCACUUCGUACAGUGCCCUUCCGUGCUCAGCCACAAAUUCUGCUUCCCCUGCUCCCGGGAAAGCAUCAAGAAGCAGGGGGCGAACGGAGAAGUGUACUGUCCGAGUGGAGAGAAGUGCCCCUUGGUAGGAUCCAGUGUUCCAUGGGCCUUCAUGCAAGGUGAGAUUGCCACCAUCUUGGGUUCGGAGGAAGCUGUGAAGGUCAAGAAGGAAAGGGAGACUUGAUAGACAAGUGAUGGAAUCACCUUGCAGGUGACAGCAACAAUGAACAUUUCAAGGACUCCAAAGACUUUUUGAGUUAAGAUAAGUCUUAAAAGAAGUGCUGGAAAGAAGAAGUAUUCCAUAGGGACUUCUAAGUGGUAAGGACAUAACACCAUGCUAAAGGUGAGAAGUUGUAGGACAAGUUGGAUUUUGUAGCUGUCUCUUAGGAAAGAAAUUCUGUACUCUGAAAAGGAGGGCCAGAACUGCUGGUAAGUUUGGCACUUCAGUCUCUGUUGUAAGAAAAGCAGACAGGGCACAAGCACUAGGGUGUAAACACUGUUGCCUGGCAGUUGUGUAGUUAGCCAGGUCAGCUGGAUUUGUUCAUGUGCAUUUUGUGUUAAACUGCCUGCCUCAUCAGUCAGCAUGAAAAAAGUCUCAGAGCACUCCAGCCCGAAAUUGGGGGGGCCAGAACAAAGGUAUCAUUCAGGCUGGAUGGAAAUCUUAGCUGUGUGUAUUUACAUACGGAAUUGUCAGCGGCCAGUACAGAGUACAACAGCAACCAAAACGGUCUCCUGACUCCAGCCUAUUGAGUCUAGCCGCCUGUUGUGAUGGAACUCUCAAAUGGCAGGGUGUCAGGUUCAGUCUGUAAUGUAGUAGGCAGGCUAAAAGAAUCACAGGCACCCCUGUAACCAGAGAGGUGCUGGGUCCAGUUUCCUGGCAUCAUUGUGAGGAAUGUUUGCAGGUGCUGUGCUGGAGUAAAGUAGGGGAUCAGGUCGCUCCAAGGGGAGAGAGGUGGGCUGGGAGCAUGUUGUUUUGAGUUGAAGCUUUGUCUGGGUGCCUAAUUGUUAUGGACACUGUGCAGCACACAAAUCAGAAACUGAAGGAUGCAGGGCAGUCUGUGUCAGGGCGAGGAAAAGUAGUCCUUUCGCCAGGCAAUUCAGGCCAGCAGGAUUUAUUGAUCUGCGGCUCAUCAAUGGCGGGGUAUUGUUUGCCCGCUUUAGUGACAUCAUCGCACUGAUUUUGCCCCCAGAUCAAGUGACAGGACAGGAAGGGGCAUUAAUCAAUGUCAUUGUGUUUGUGCAAAUAGCUGGGGUUGUGAAGACCUUGGCCAGGUCCACUCCCAGAGGUAGAGAGGACUGCCCUGCAUUUUAAUGUGUUACGCGCCCCUUGGAAAAGUGUUGUAUUCUGCUAGAGUAAAAAGAUCUCAAAGAGUAAUGUUUAAUGUUCACAGUUUUAGUUCCUAUGUAAAAGCAAAGACAGGGGAGUUUGCACCUUUCUGUUUGCGUAGCAGUUUCCUUUGCUUGUCAAGUCAUCAUUGUUGCAUAUUGACACCUAAUCGUGAAUUGAUGGUCUCCACAUGUCAGCCCGCCUUGUCUGUGCCUUCACUUUCACUGAAUGACUGAGGGAGAGUGUUUGUGUGUGUCUGUGAGUGAGAGGAAUGCUAACUUCCCAUCAAUGGGACCCACCAUUUCCCUUGGACCCAAAACAUAUGGCCCUACAAGCCUCUCUCCACCCUUCCACUACACAAAUGUAAAUCAAUAGCAGCAUAUCAGGUAGCCUGUCUGGGAGAAUGAUAUGCCUAAAGCCUCAGGCUGCCCCAUUCAGACACAACUCCUCUGGCACUCUACCCUCCAUCAGUCCAUGUUGAGCACAUCAGGCAAUCCCUGGGCUGUUAUGUUUGGUUUGUUUGGCGGUCACCAGAGACGGCCGUAUAGGAUUUACAUCUGCAAACCCAUGCCGUUUGGACCAGUGUGCGUUUCAGACAGGCUCCUUUUAUCUGCCGACAGUGGGUGUACCAAAGCGCAGGGUUGCAAGUUCACUGGCUUCCAAACAUAGCCCACAGUAGACCCACGCACAUUCAUAGCCAGCAGGAGGAGAUUCUCAAAUCAAACAACUCUUUGGUGGGGCCACAGCAAUUUGAUUUCUUGGUUCUUGGAUUUUAGAAUAUAAUGCUAAAUUGGAAUAUCAACAUUACAUGAGUCCAGGCACUGUGCAUUGGUGAACACAGUCGCAAGAAGUGAAUGUAGUUAGAUUCAAGUUUCUCUUCUAUGUUAAAAUGUCCAAGAAGCAAAGAGGGGGGGGGGUAUGGCCUUCUGUAUUUAUUUUCAAAGUAAAGAGUGUCCCUUGCAUAUAGCAUUUAAAAUUUAUUAUUCACAGGCAUCGGGUGAUAAAAAUCAUCAUCAAUUGAGAGUUCACAAAAUAAUGCACAUUGAAUUUCCGUAUCCUUUUUGCCUGAGGCGGACAGUGGGGGAAGUACCUAACAAUAGUAACAUUACAAAGUUACUAGCAAAUAUACCAUUUCUUUUUGGCUGACUCAGUGCACUGGAGAAAAGAUUAAGAUCUACGUCAUGACACAACUGGCAUAGCUCAUAACUUGGUGUAUGCUUAGCCCAUAUUUCACCACAGGGUGCUCCAGGCAAGCACUGGAAAAUGUCACAUUAUUUAAGCAAAAUGUUUCUCAGUAUGGUUUCAGUCAGUCUGAACAUACUGUCUGCCAUUUGGGAUAUGAAUCAGCGGAACUGUGUACCAACCUAGGGAUCAAUUUUAUUUGUAUUUCAUGCAACGUCAUGCUCUCAAAUAUUUAAUUGUGAUUCGUAGUAUACAUGUUGAAAGCAAUGAAAGAAAUAAUGGAGGAAACUUUUGGAAUUUUUGAUGGAGGAGUCUUUUAAUAACAUGGUUUUGCAAUAGUCUUUGCUGAAAGUGAGAAAAUGAUAAAUGAAAUGAUGGUGGGAAUUUAAAACUUUUUAUUGACGUGGGUUCGUGCUAUCGACCCUCAACGGCCAGCUGACAGGCUGUGACGUGACCAUCGUUCCAUGACAGAUGAGCAGUGUCACUGCCCAUAACUGGCAGAACAAAGGGCCUCCAGGCCUGGAAAAUAAAUAUUGCCUCUGAAGUGCCCAGUAUGACAGGUAAUAUAGGAGAGCUCUUCCAGCUGCCAUGCUGGGAUGAAGGUUGGGCAUGAAGGUGGCAUCCCUGACAGAGCCCAGGCAGCAGAGUGAUGUUUCGCCCAGUCCAGUGUGUCAAGGCGGCAGCUGGCGGUGAUGGAUGCCGGGUUGCCAACCAAGAAUGCAAGCAUAUUUCAAUAUCCCCUGGCAACGGAGGGCCGUCCCCACGGCAACUGCUCAGCAAGGGAUCGCCACACAUUAUCAAGGCGAUCAAAGCGAGUGAUCCGAGUGCCCCAAGAAUAAGCACUGCCCGCCUGUUUCCAGGUGACACCCGCAGUUAUUUGCACCCCAGGAUAAAGUGUUAUCUUGGGGGCCCGGUCUGGAAACAAGUGCGUAGCCAUUUGGCAGGGGACAUAAAAGUUUAUGUUGCCCGGAGCAGGGGUGGUAAUUGCCAAGCUGAGGCGCAGGUCAAACACAUUACCAAAUUUAUUUGGCCUGCUUGGAAGGGCAAAAAUGCAGAAACAACAUUUAACUUCUUCCAAGCAGAGCAGUUACGGUGGAAGAAACAAAUCCAUUCAAUUUCGGUCGACUUAAGGGAAAUGUCAGAGUGGGCAGUUGUGCAUAAGAGCAGCCCGAGGCCCACAAGUGCAUCACAUCAACGUUAAGUAUAUGGCUGUCAUUUGCUUGGAAUAGAUUUGGAAAGCUGCAUGGCAAAUGGCAGCCACAUAAUCUCCCACUACAGUGGUCCUUUUUCUCUCCAAUGCAUUAUGCCCUGACAUAAACACAAUUUGUCAAGGAGGCAACCCAAACAUCAGUUGACUGCUCCGAUUGUGAGACAUAUUUAGAAAGUGAUGUCAUCCCCCAAAUUUCUCCUUUAUGGGCAGCAGGCCUAGUGUGGAGUGCUGCAUGAUUAACCCCAGCAAUCUUUCAGAUGCCAGGGAGUUGAACACAGGUUAGGGAAGGAAAAUUAUUGGCAACCCUACCAACCAGCCUAACGACUUGUCUCUCAAGGAUGUUGGCAUUGUUUGCCCCAUGCACAGACAGGGUACAAACAGGUUGCCUUCGGGGCCACAACUCAUCAGAUGUGAUUGUUCAUAGCUGUUCCGGUGACACCCCCCUUGUCACGCACAUCCGUACGCGACACAAUACAAAACAGACAAGUCGUUCAAAACUUAGCCCCAGGAAAUGCCCCGAUUGUAAAGUGUGAUGGAUGUGGCAGGUAGUGAAGUAUGGUGGAGACAUUCAUUAACUUGUGCUCUGAAGCCAACAACGUUGGAAUGCCUAAUGGUCGCGGAAAUUGAGUCAUACGUCAGAGGCAAUAAGGCCGAGGAGCGGAGUAAUGGAGGGGAGUUCAUGUCCUAUUACUCCCAGGUGCUUGGGAGGCCCAUGAUACGUUAAAUGAGGAAGGGGAAGCUGGUGAUGUAAAUUUCUCCCCAGUGAGAGAUGUGUGGUGGCAGUAGUCUUGCCAUCUAUAUGGCCUUCAGAUGCAUUAACAGAUGUAGCCAUUUUAAAGGGUUGAAAAAUCAAUAAACGGGCUAACCGAAAAUGUAGUUUUCCUGGGCCCAAACAGCCCUGCACCAUGAGGGAUUUUUACAGCAGGGCUCAGGAAGACGGACAUCAAUGUAGUGACACCAGGGAUUUUCGAAGAACUUCAGGAGUACUUUGUCAUGCUUUAGCUGUUGGGAUAAGGGGAGGCAGUGUUUGCCAGACACAGGUGUGUUUGUAGGUGGUAAGUUCCAAGGUUGACUUCCUCCAGCCUGGCACUGUUUGCCGGGCUGCCUGGAAUGAAAGAUAUGUGAGAAGCGCGGUGAUGUUUAGGUGUGCGAGUUCUGUGAGGUUGGCUGCCCAAACCAAAACCCCACUCAGGUCAGCAGUGACAUCACAAAAA